AUGUCAAACGAAGCUACAGACCCAGUGAAUCCAUUCGCUACUUCCCCCUCAUCAUCCCCAGCGCCGUCCCGACCCCUCAGCCCCAGCCCAAGGCCGAAGGAUCACGCCAACCCCGCUUCGGCCUUCUCAUCCCCUACCCCCUCGCGCGGCCCUUCAUCGCUCAUCUCAGCCGCAUCGGGCUCACCGCCCCCGACGCACCGCGCCUCAUUCCCCGAUCCGUCAAAGGAACCGAAGAAGGGGUCUUCCCGCCUCUCGGGCCCGUCAGCGAAACAGGGGUUCUGCUGUGAGCGGGACAAGGAGAUCAGUAAAGGCGAAGAGAUCCAUAUUGUGGAUGCGUUCAAGACGACCGAUGGAGGAAAGGCGACGUAUAUCACCUAUGUGAUCAGAAUAGGAACACACGAGACCCGCAGGAGAUACUCGUCAUUCCUCUCGCUGCAUCAGGCGCUAUCUGGGCUGUACCCGGUUCUCAUCAUCCCGCCUAUCCCGUCAAAGCAGUCUUUGGCCGAAUAUGCGGUCAAAGGCCAGUCCAAAGCCAAGGAGGACGCGGCGACCAUCUCGCGCAGGAAGCGGUUACUGGAGGACUUCCUGCGCCGGCUCGUGCGCCACCCUAUCCUCGGCGGAGAACAUGUUCUUCACAGAUUCCUGGAAGAUGGCGUCAGCUGGGUAAGCUUUCUACCCCUCUUGGUGUCCAGGGUACAGAAGCUGACCUCUCAGACCGAAGUCCUGCAUUCUCCUCCUGUCUCCCUUCUUCCCAAAAACCCUCUCCAUGCACCCUCCCACAACCCUACCUUCCAGCCCGACUCCCCAACCGACAUACCCCUUCCCGACACUCCUCACUCACCGAGCACUUCUUACAUCGCGCACCACCUUCUUCCCACACCAUCACCCACGCACCCCCUCAGGCGCCCAGACCAGCGGUUCAACGACUCCGAGGUAUUCACCGAUAAGUUCCACCAGCACUUCUCGGGGAGCAUGGAAAAGGUCAACAGGAGGGUGGUCAAGCGGUGGGGCGAGCGGGCGCAGGAUCUGAGCGAGCUGGGAGCGGUCUGGAAUGGGUUCAGUCUGGUGGAGAAGGGAGAGCUGGGAUUGGCUGUGGAGAAGGUUGGGCAGGCGGUGGAUCAGGAGUACCUCGCUACGGCUGCUUUGCUACAAGCGUGGGAACGAUCUGCCACUGAGCCUCUUCACAUCUACUCGCAAUUCUCGGCUCUGAUCAAACAACGCCUCUCCUUCCGCCACCAAAAGCACGUCCAAUAUGAGCUUGUCCAGGACACGCUCGAAUCGCAGAAGGACAAGCUCGACCUCCUCGAGAAUGCCGAGCGAGAGGCGCGGCGCCUAGAGGAGGCGCUCGAGCGAGGGGGCUCCAUCAUUGGCGGCAGCACCUCUGGGACGGGAAGUCAAGCGGAUGAUCAGGAAGAGAGGGAGCGAGCCAGGGCGAAGGAGCGGGAAGAUCGGGAGAGGGCAGAACGGUCCGUCUCGAGGGCGAGAGGAGCGGGGUUCGGGCUUUUGUCGGCGGUCAAGCAUAGUUUGAGCGGGAUGAUGGAUGUGGAUCCGGAAGCUACGAGGCGGGCGAACAUAGCCAAGACGAGGGAUAAUAUCGCGCAGCUCGAAGACUCGUUGCUGGCUUCUGAACAGGAUCUCAAGUACGCCUCGAACACGCUUCAGGCGGAUUUGGACCGGUUCCAGAGGCAAAAAGUGGCCGAUAUGAGGCAGAUGGCCAUCCAGCUCGCUACUGUUCACAAGGAAUGGUGCCGCCAGAACUUGGAAGCAUGGGAACAAGCCGCCAAGUCAAUCCGCGAGAUCCCUCCCCAUCCAAAUCAAGUCCCUCAGUCCGCCCAACCCGCCCCUCCCCCCACACUACCGAAAGACGAGCAGUUCGGGAUGGGCGAGACGAUGCGGCGGGAGCUGGAUGCGAUCGAGGCGGCGAGUAAGCCACUGCCGUUGCCGGAUAGUGAGGAGAUGAUGGGCUCUGUGAGGGCUGGGAAGAGGCCUGAGCACCAGCAGCAGCCGGUUCAUGUCAAGAGAGAGGAGGAGGGGGUGGAUAGUCCGUUGGGGCCUUUGUGA